AUGCGCAUCUCCCACUAUCUCGGCAUCUCGGCCAUGGCGGCCAUGGCCUCGGCGGUGACAGUCUCCUACGACACGGGCUACGACGACGGCGACCGCUCCUUCUCGGUCGUCAGCUGCUCCGACGGCGUCAACGGCCUGACGACGCGGUACGGCUGGACAACGCUGCGCCAGGCCGCCGGGUUCCCCUACAUUGGCGGCGCCGAGGCCGUCGCGGGCUGGAACUCGCCGAACUGCGGCACCUGCUGGGAGCUUGCGUACGGCGGGCGUACCAUUCACGUGCUGGCCGUGGACCAUGCGCUCGCCGGGUUCAACAUUGCGCUGGACGCGCUCAAUGCCCUCACGAACGGACAGGCGGUGCAGCUGGGGCGCGUCGAGGCGUCGUCGAAGCAGGUCGACGUUGCCGAGUGCGGUCUGUAG